GCCAUGCCCUUUUAGCAUUCAUUUACAACUUUGGUGGGCUGCUCUGAUUUAAAAGCAAGCUGGCUUUAUCAAGGCAUGGGCAUAAGUGACCUAACACUGCAAACAAAAUGCUGCUUCUAGUUUCAGCUUUUUUUCUAACACUACUGCAGUGCUCUAAUGCCCAAAUUACACCUGCAGACUGUAACACCAUUGAAACAGAUGCAAGAGUGGCCCUGGAUUUGGUCAACAGACAUCGCAGAGAUGGUUAUGUUUUUGGUUUAUUCCGUGUUGCCGAUGCACAUGAACUACAUUUAGGAAAUUCAACAGUCCUCUACUUAACUUUGGAUGUGCUGGAAACUGAAUGCUCUGUCUUAUCCAGAAGACACUGGGAGUCCUGUGAAUACAGUGACACCUACCCAAUGGACUUUGGGCAAUGUAAGAUUAUCACAUAUACAAACCAUCUGCUGAAGAAACCUCAACUAUAUGGAUUUAAUUGUACAUUAAGUCCAGUUCCACCUGAUGUGGUAGAGUGCAAAGACUGUCCAGUGAAACUUGAAGCCUUAGAAGUCACUGAGCAACAUAGAGAUAUUGCUAAAAAGGCCCUGAAGAAAUUCAACAGUGAAGGUAACCACACGAACAACUUUGCUGUGGAUAAAGUUGAAAGAAUUUUAAAGGUGACUGCCUCCCGUGAAGGUCACAUUUUGGGAUUCUCUAUAAAAGAGACCAACUGUUCCAAAUCUAUGCAGGAAACAGAUCAGGCAUUGGAAUGUGAUUUUCUGCAUGACUGGCAUGCUCACACCGGAUUCUGCAAGGCAAGAAUUAUCAGUGAUGCAGACAAAGCUGAUGGAACAGAUAUAAGCUGUGAAAUCUACCAUCCCUGGCACCAUGGCUGUGGGCGAAGAGGGAAAUAUUCAGCUCUGGGACAUCCACACAGACAUCCCCAUUGUCAUCAUCAUUUUGGUCACAGACAUCGCCAUAAGCAUCACCACAGACAUGAAUGUCCUCCCUUUUCUCAGUCCAGACCUGAAGACCCUGAGCAUAACCCCAAAUCCAGCAAGGAAGAUCAAGACAACAACAAAGGAUUUUCUUCUCCCCCUCCUCCCCAUGAUGAACCAGACCACCACCAUCCUACUCCCCCUUCUCAUGGACCAGAUCAUGACCAUCCUCCUCACCACCAUGGACCACCCUGUCCCCCUCCUCAUGGACCAGAUCAUGACCAUCCUCCUCACCACCAUGGACCACCCUGUCCCCCUCCUCAUGGACCAGAUCAUGAUGUCCCCCUCCUCAUGGACCAGAUCAUGACCAUCCUCCUCACCACCAUGGACCACCCUGUCCCCCUCCUCAUGGACCAGAUCACCACCAUCCUCCUCACCAUCAUGGACCACACUGUCCCCCUCCUCCAGGACACCCUCCUCAUCACUGCCAUCACUAUCACAGACAACAUCACAACAAGACAAGCAUAUCAGGAAAGUAUUUUCCAUGCCAUGUAACAGGAGCUGUCUAUCGCAUCCCAGUUCUAAAUCAGCAGGAUUCUCUCACACCUCCCACUGCAAAUUUUCCUGAACUAUCCCAAUGCAACUUUCACUUUUCCAGCACUGGCUCAAAACUAAAGGAGAUGGAAGAAGCUUCAGGCUUUCCAGAUCACCCUGCACAAUCAAAAUCAUGCCCUGGAAAACCCAAACUUGACCUUCCAAAAAUUUUGCCUUUAUUUCCUCAUAGCUUUGUAACAGAAAAUUCUCCUAUAUGACUUCAGAGAAAGAUGUUCCUGGCUUGAUAAUUUCAAGGGUAAUCACAGUCCUACAGUCAAUGAAAGCAGCACAUGGAGAAGUGGGAAGAGCAUUCAGCUUCUAGGAAGGAGAAUCACUGAAAAUAAUCAUUAAGUAUUUCAACCUGCUUCUUCAUCCUAGCUAUCUCAAGCUGCACUGUAACUAAAAGGCCCAAAAUUCUGAGUCCCUCAGAUAAUGUGAAUAGGUAAAAAUUUCCCCAGAAAAUAAUGCUCCUCCAGGACUAAGGAAAAAGAAAGUUCUCCAAUAGUGCAAAAUAGAGCAUCAAAAAUCUUGCAUUUUUUUCAUCAUUCAUAAUUAUAAUGUACUUCUCCAAGGAAUCUGACCUAGAGGAAAUUUGAAUGCUUUCCAUAAAAAGUAAUCCAUGACACUACAUUUAAGCUUUAUACAGAUUUUAAAAAAAUAAAAAACAUGCAAGCAUUUUUUUCUUGA